AUGCUUGGAAGUGUUCGUGCCGCUCUGCCUCGAAUGAUCCCCCGCACCUUGCCAGCAUCGUCUCGCUCUAUUCUCACUAAGAGCGAGCGCUGGACUCCGGCUUCGAUUCGUGAUGCUCAGAACCUCAUUCAGGGCCCGAACGCUCUCGAACUGCCCAAGGUUCUCCCACACAUUGAGGCCGCCUGGCCUAAGCUGUCUCGUGAAGAGCAGUACUCGGUCUACAAGCAGCUCGAAGAGGUCCAGCGCAAGAACUGGAAGGAGCUGACGCGGGACGAAAUGCGUGGCGCUUACUACGUGGCCUACGGCGAACACGGCCCGCGUAAGAACUUGUCGCCGCCUGGCACUGGCAUGAAGGUGUUCCUUGGCACCGUUCUGGGUGUGUCCCUUGGUCUUGCCAUCUUCUUCUCUAUCCGCUCCAUUGCUCGUGCACCCCCUAAGACUAUGACGCGUGAGUACCAGGAACAGAUGACGGCCCGUGCCAAGGAGAACAACCUGAACCCUAUGUACGGUGUUUCCAGCGAGGGCUACAAGGGUAAGGGCCAUGUCACUGUAUAA